UGUAAGUUUAGAAUUUAUUACACAUGCGCCUAAAUUCGAACAUUAUCUUUAAAAAAAAGUUUCUUUAAUCUUAUAGAAUUUUAUAAAUAUAGGUAUCAUAUUAAUAAAAAUAAAAAAAUUUUAUAUGAUAAAUCAAUACAUCAUUACUGAAGUAAUAUUAAAUUUAUCUUUAUACAUUUUAACAAAUUUUAUAUAUCAAUAUAUAUUUAAAAUUAUAAUAGAAUUAUCGCUGAGUUUCUAUAUAAAUUAUAAAAUUAAUGUCUUAAAUAAUAAUAAUAUUUUAAAAUUUAUUUUAAAUAUUUUGCAUUUAUUUAUGUAUAUAAUAUUAUAUAUUAGUGCUGCCAUCUGGCUUUUACUUGAUUCUUCGAAAAAAGUACUCGCAGUUAUUAAUCAUUUGUAAUUUUAUCUAAUAAUUAUGUAAUUUUAUUUGAAUUUUUUUAAUAUUCAUCAUUAUAUAAAAUUAAGAUUUAAAAUUUUAUAAUUCAUUUUCAAAAUAUAACUAUUAAUACUAUAAAUUCGACUAUAAAUUAAUAUUAAUAAAAAUACUAUAAAUUAUUUUAAAGUGUGGUAAGAUUUUAAAAUAUAUAUUCUUACAUAUAUAUUGUACUUAUAUUUCAAUGAAAAAUAAUAUGAAAUAAUACAUAAAGUGAUUAAGUUAAACUUAAGUAAUUAAUACAGGAUAAAAUAAGUAAUUAAAUAAGUAAUUAAAACAGGAUAAAAUAUCGUAUAACCAGAAACAUGAGCACAAAAUUUAUAUUUAUUGAAUCAAUGAAUAUUCUUAGUAUAAUUCCUCAAUAUCAUAUAUUGAUAAAAACAUUUUUUAUUAUUUUACUUAUUUGGUUUAUUAGUAAAAAAUACUAUAAUAGUCAUAAAAAAAUAAAUGAAGAUGAAGUUGAAAAGAAACUUGCAGAAUGGAAACCUGAACCUCUUAUAAAUAAUCCACAAACAAAUCAUUUAUCAUUAAAUCCAAGAUGUAUAACAUCUAGAGCGGGUAAAAGAAUAAUAGUAGAUGGAAAAGAUUGUUUAAAUUUAGGUACACAUAAUUACCUAGGUUUAACUGAAAAUCAUGAAAUAGAGAAAAAUGCAAUAGCAGCAAUAAGAAAAUAUGGAGUAGGUUCUUGUGGUCCACGUGGAUUUUAUGGUACUGUUGAUGUUCAUCUUGAAUUAGAAGAACGUUUAGCAAAUUAUACAGAUACAGAAGAUGCAGUUGUAUAUUCAUAUGGUUUUAGUACAAUUGCAUCUGCAAUUGCAGCAUAUUGUAAGCGCAAAGAUCUUGUAUAUGUUGAUGAAAAAGUAAAUUUUGCUAUACAAAAAGGAUUGGAUGCAACUAAAGCUAAUAUUAUUUAUUUUAAACAUAAUGAUGUGAAUGAUCUUUGUAAUUUAUUGAUUAAACAAGCAAAACUUGAUAAACAAAAUCCUAAGAAAGCAGCUAAAACUAAACGUUUUUUAAUAGUUGAGGGUAUUUAUAUGAAUACUGGAAAUAUCUGUCCAUUACCAGAAUUAGUCAUAUUAUGUAGAAAAUAUAAACUAAGAAUAUUUAUUGAUGAAUCAAUAUCAUUUGGAACCUUGGGUGAACAUGGAAAAGGCAUUACUGAAUACUUUGAUAUUCCUAGACAUGAAAUUGAUAUGAUUAUGGGUUCUUUGGAUUGGGCAAUGGGGUCUAUUGGAGGUUUUUGUAUAGGUACUUCAUUUAUUAUUGAACAUCAACGUUUAUCUGGACUUGGAUAUUGCUUUUCUGCAUCUUUACCACCAUUAUUAACAUCUGCAGCUAUUACUUCUUUAGAUAUUAUGGAAAAUAAUCCACAAAUAUUUAAAUCAUUAAAAGAUAAUUGUAUAGCCAUAAAUGAUGGACUUCAAAACAUUCAUUGUUUAGAAUGUUUAAGUUUUCCAGAAUCUCCAGUAAAACAUAUAUAUUUAAAAAAUAGAUUAGAUCGUGCUACAGAAGAAAAAUUGCUUUCUAAGAUUUCUGAUAAAUGUAUUGAAAAUAAUUUAGCAGUUAUAACUCCUGCCUAUUUAGAAGCAGAAAAAAAUUUACCUAGGCCUAGUUUAAGGCUUUGUAUUUCUACACUUCUUAACAAAAAUGAUAUUGAUUUUGCAUUAAAUGUAUUAAAAAAAUGCGCUGAAGAAAUCCUAUCAAUAUAAAUUAAAAUAAAAUAAAAAAUGUUAAGAAAUCAUUAUUAUUUCAUAUAUAUUAUUUUAUAUACAAAUUAUUUUUAUCUAUUUAUGUAUACUUAUUCAUAUACAUUGUAUAAUAUAGAAAAAUUUUUUAUUGAUUA